AUGACCGUCACCCCCGUUGCCAAGCUGCCAGCUCGCACGCACGCCAUUAAGCUUGCAGGCGAGCUCACCAAGCAGCUCCCCGAGGCUGAGCGACAGGGCGAAGCCAACUUUAACUACCUGACUGGUGCGCACGACGUGCACGACGCCAGCGUCCUCAUCACCUUCACCCCUGGCGCCAACAAUGUCCAGCACACGCUGUUCAUUCCUCCCGCUGACCCGCUCGAGACGAUGUGGAGCGUGGCUCCUCCCACUCUCGACGAUGCUAGGAACCGCUUCGACGCCGGAGAGUACAAGGCGACGACCGACAUCGCGAGCGCCCUUUCUCAGCUCCCAAGCGACGUGACGAUCCACACACUCCCCGUCACCCACGAGUUCCCUCCUCUUCCCUCCGCCGUCAACGAGGUGCUCCAGAAGGCGAAGCACUCCUCUGAGCACCUCCGCACUGCUCUCCACAUUGCCCGUCUGACGAAGACCGAGGAGGAGAUCGACCUCAUCCGCAAGGCCAACGCCAUCACCUCUGGAGCUCACGAGGUGUUGAUGCGUGAGCUUGGACGCUUCGCUGCCCGCCGAGCUAAGGGCGCACCUUCCUCGAAGGAGCGUACCGGUCACGAGGCGCUGACGGAGUGGGAGGUGGAGAGCGAGCAGGACGCCGAGGCUCUCUUCGUUGCCACUUGCCGUCGCAUGGGCGCCGAGCAAGCCUACCUCCCCAUCUGUGCCUCCGGCCACCAUGCCAGCACCCUGCACUAUGUGCUUUUCCCUUCCACUGCUACCCCCCGUGUCCCAGGUGACACGUCGUUCACUCCGCGCCGCAUGGCGCGCGGCUGCUGCGGCGACAUUCCCGACCACGACCACGCUUCCUCGACGAGCGCUCUGCACGCCGGCGCCUUCGAGCCACAGAUUCUCCUGAUCGAUGCAGGUGCCGACUGGCAGGGUUACGCUUCGGACGUUACUCGCACGAUCCCGGUCGGUAACGGCGGCAAGUACACCGACCGCGCUGGCGAGAUCUACGAACUCGUUCUGCGCAUGCAGAAGGAGACGGAGGACAUGGUUCGUGUUGGCGCGCACUGGGACACGCUUCACCUUCGUGCUCACGAGAUUCUGAUCGACGGCUUCCUGAAGCUCGGCAUCAUGAAGGGCGACGCUGAGACGAUCCUGCAGACCGGUGUUUCGGCUGCGUUCAUGCCGCACGGUCUCGGACACUCGCUCGGUCUCGACGUCCACGACUCUCUGCAGUACCUCCGCACCGUUCACCUGGACCUGCCGGAGCGCACGAAGCAGACGCCCGCCAAGCUUUACACCUACCUCCGCCUCAGGCAGAAGCUGCAGGACAAGAUGGUGCUUACCGUCGAGCCUGGAUGCUACUUUGCGCCGCAGAUGCUCGACGAGCACGGUGUCUGGGACAACCAGUACAUCGACCACGAGGUUCUGAAGAAGUACCUCCCCGUGGGCGGUGUGCGCAUCGAGGACGUUGUUGUCGUUCGCGACGGACAGAAGUGUGAGAACCUCACCACCGUCGGUAGGGACCGCACUUGGGUCGAGGCGAGGUGCUCGGGGGCGGAGUAA